GUAGCUCUUGUAAUUGUGGCACUGAGGUAAAGUUGAUUAGCGGGAACGGAAAUGACGCAGGAGUCCCUGACGUGGCCGGAAGUGCCGCCAUCUUGAGGAAGGAAACGCCUUGAAGUUGAAGAGGAAACAAACUAACUCUCAGAAGGAGUUACAGCACCUAUCCAGGAUGGGAAACAUUUUCGCAAACCUCUUCAAAGCCUUUGGUAAAAAGGAGAUGAGAAUUUUGAUGGUGGGACUCGACGCAGCAGGAAAAACCACCAUCCUGUACAAGCUGAAGCUCGGAGAAAUCGUUACUACUAUUCCAACUAUCGGGUUUAACGUUGAAACUGUGGAGUAUAAGAACAUCAGCUUCACUGUGUGGGACGUGGGCGGUCAGGACAAGAUCCGACCCUUAUGGCGUCACUACUUCCAAAACACACAGGGUCUGAUCUUUGUAGUGGACAGUAAUGACAGAGAGCGAGUGAACGAGGCCAGAGAGGAGCUGAUGAGGAUGCUGGCUGAGGACGAGCUCCGAGAGGCCGUGCUGCUCGUGUUCGCCAACAAACAGGACCUGCCUAAUGCUAUGAAUGCUGCAGAGAUCACAGAUAAGCUGGGCCUGCACUCUCUGCGCCACAGGAACUGGUACAUCCAGGCCACGUGUGCCACGAGCGGAGACGGCCUGUACGAGGGACUCGACUGGCUCUCCAAUCAGCUUAAAAACCACAAAUAAUCCUGAACACCUACCUUCUGUUUAUCCUUCUACACUGUAGCGCUCUCAUCUCCAUUCAGUUUUAAAGCAGAACGUGCCGGAAGCUGCUCUCCUCUCAGACUGGUCAAAGUGUGCUGACGGAGACACACACCUCUAAUACUUUUACAAAUAAUGAGGCAGCUUUUGGAGCGCUCUUAUGCAACACUAGGCGUGUGCCGAUAUUAGACCGUAGUAUAUCGAUAAUUGAGAAACUUUUUAAGGUUCAAGGUAGUAUUAAAUUUUUUUUCUCCACUUUUUAAACAGCUCUUGUACUGAAGAAGUAGCUGGUUAACGCUGAUUCCCAAGAUGCCUGCACUGAUCGUGUUACAUCAGCUAGCUGAAUGGAACCUAUAACCUUGGGAUUCAAGGAAAAGCUCCUCUUAAGGUUGUAGGUUGCGUUUAGCAAGUUAACAUACAUUGAUAUGCUAGCUAGCAUUGUUCUGCUAUCUAUGAACAUGAAAAAAAAAAAUUUACCCGAAAGACCUGACUUGUACAUUUUAUAUAUCACGAUAUACUGUGAUUAUCGGCACAUGCCUAUGCAUUAUAUAUAUACAGUAUAUAUAUAAAGAUAUAGAUCUAUACACUCAGACUUUCCUGUUCUUUUUAUUGUUUUUAUUUAAUCACAGAUGAACUGUAGUGGGUAAAUCUUGAAAAUUGUCACAUCCUGUAUCUCUCCUUUCAGUUUUUUUUUUUUUUUCGUUUUUGCUUUGUGUACCCUAAUGGUUAAGACGUACUGUAAAAGACUUACGGACUACGUAGAGGAGGUCAAGACAGCAUGCACAUAAACACACACGCACACGCACACGCACACGCACAUAUAUACAUACACACACUACCUACAAAAAUAAGGGGCAAAACAAACCACAAAAACGAAUCAGCAAUCUCCCGCACCGAGACCAGCAUAUGUUUAUAGAAUAACUAGCAUUAGCAUAUCAGAUUGUAUCAAUAUCAGCAAGGUCUAGCGUUACUGGAAUUGGGUUAGGCGUAUAUUUAUAUUGUGACAAACAUAAUCAUCUAGAAAUCAUUCCUAGGUUGGACAGACAAUUUGAAAAUUGUCUGAUGCCAGUUGUCCAAUCUUUGCCCCAAAAUUCCCCCUAUCUAGGCAGGCUUCUCCCAAAUCUGAGCAUUCAUGACAUUAUCAUGACGUAGUGAAUUACUGAUUAUGACUAAUUUAGAUCCUUGGUAGUUUAUUUGGAGUGCAUGAUACAUGAGACUUCUGCAGCAUCGAGAGGAAAACUAAUCACCGUCAAAUCUCAGGUUAAAUCACGCUUUGCCUUUACGACUCGAGAAGCUGAACAGGGCUUUGUUUCGGGCGAGAUUUAUUUUCUGUGGGUGUUUUGUUCAUUCCAGUUUAGUGUGUUUACUGUGUGAACUGGAUCAGGUGUGUUACAGCAGGUAACACAGUAAAGUGCGUGUGUGUGUGUGUUUGGGGGUUUAGAUCAUCGAGCCCUAGUUAGGCUGCAGAGUGUGCACUACUGAAACUACAGCAAGUAGAUUCAUGCUGAUUUCCACCAAUUUUAAAACCUCUUUUCCUUUGACAUGUGGUAUAAUCAAGAGACUUUUUCUUUUCUGAAGAUAAUCAAUUUUUCAUUAUAAAAUGUAAAUUAAACCCCCCUUUUUUAUAUAUAUAGAAGUCUUACCAUGUGUGUCUGUAAUCAUCUCAUACAUUAGUUUCUUAUAAAUUCACUCUGCUACAGCAGACAUGUGUUUUGCUUACUAAAACUUACCUGGAUAAUGUUUGUAUAGAAAUUUGGCUGGCUAACCUAGCUACGAAUCGUUACUGUUGUCACGCUGGAUAGUAAGAUGUGGAUAGAACAGUGUCAUCAGUGUCCUCUAGGGCUCCUCCGGGGUGUGUGUGUGUGUGGGUGUGGGUGUGUGUGUGCGCUAGCAAAGUAAACCCUGACCGCUCAGAUCAUCAGCUGCUCUAAUCUCUGCUAGAACUCGACAUUAACAGAACUGACUCCAGGUUUUGGAUGUUUAAAGGUCAACCGGUUUAUCAGUUGGACCUCGCUUACUUUUUUACGCUGCCUUUCCUGCAUCCUGAACAGUAGACGUCUCGUUAUGACCGCCUGGCUUCAUGCUCUGAAAUACUGAGAAUGUGACAUGGUACAGCAAUAUUAAACACGCAACAGCGUCGUAUUUUAGAUAUUUUUGCUGUGUUGGUGUUCCUCGGUGCCUUCGUGAUCUUCGUCUGAACUCAGUACCCUUCUGGGACUGUUUUUGUUUUUUGUUUUUUUUUUCUUUUCAUUUUGUGUUAGUAUAAACUGAAUGAAAGUGUUCCUUUUAUUUUCCUGUCUAGUUUCGUACACUCUGGUUUGCUUACGUUGGGACCAGGCAUGUGCCGAUAUUUAAUCUCACGACGUAUCGGUUUACGAUGUUAUUACGGUAUUCUGCUAGAAAUGUAUGAAUUGCCUCUUGAAUCGUCUUCUCAGAGACAAUUCUGAGUUAAAAUAAUCGACUCCUUGCCAACUCCAGAGUGAUGUACUGGAUAUUACGUGAUACAAUAUGGUGCCUGCUGAAUAUCGUGAUGUAUCGUACAACCGAUAAUCAGCACAUGCCUAGUGGGGACAAAAGUAUUUCUGAAUCUCAUGAAAUAUGUCUUGUUGUGUGAUUCUUUAACGUGAAUGUUUAAUUUUUUUUAAUGCAAACUUGUCUUGCCUUUCAUUUUGACAGAAAAGCAACGUAAUGAAAUGAAAUAAAAUUAAAAAUGAAAAUCA